AUCCCCACGUGUGUUAUUCUGACAGUUCCACCUUGUGUGUUUAUUUUUUCAUAGUAUGGUACUUCAGAUUUAAGACAAAAUUUUUUUCAACAUGAGUCGAAAACCAUAUAAUUUUCGCCGAGGUGGAGGUAGUGGUACUAAGAGUCAACGACGUUUUGGUGGUACAGGAUCCUUAGGUAACUAUAAAAGAAGCGGGAAUCGUAAUGAUGGACAUGCAGAAAACCGUCGAUCCGGUAGCUGGGGUGGUGACAAUUUUAAUCGGUCUUACAAUGGCAGUAACAACCACAGCAAUAAUAAUAAUAGUUUUGGGUCGAUUAGCAAUUCCAAACUUAAUAAUCAAGAAGAUAGCUUUCAAAAGUUUCGUGAUCCAAAUGCAUUGGAACAAUAUAAUGGCAAUUCCCGGUAUCACCAUAAUUCACAAGGACGUGAUCGUGGCCAAGAUAGGCAUGGUGGAAAGGCACAUUUUGGAAAUGAGACUUAUAAAAAUGAAUUAAAUUGGUAUGAAGAUCAGAGAAAUGCUCACUUAUCACAAGCCGAAGAACAAAAUCAAAAUUAUUCAUCGUCAUCGGCGAUGCAAGUAUCUUCCACAAGUAGUAUGCCUCAAACCAUAUCAUCAGUUACUCCAUCUACCAUAACUUCAACAACACCAAAAAACCCUCCUCAUGAUGAAGAGUGUAAUUUGGAAAGUAAGAAGCAUAUAUUAAAAAACAUAAAACAAGAAAAAACUGAGGUAGAAGAGGUUAAUCGUAUUUCAAAACAAACACAUAAACCUGCAAGUUCUUCUAGUUCUUCUUCAGAAUCUUCUGAAAGUGAAGAUGAGGCGCUAACAAGCAAUCAGCCUAAAAAUAUAGCUAAAAGUAACACCAUUAAAGUAAAACAAGAAGCACUGGGUAAACAAAUACAAAAAAAAAACACAGAACAGUCAACUUCUUCUGAUUCUUCCUCUUCUUCCUCUUCUUCGGAGGAAGAUAAUAAAAUAAGUGAUAAAGUAAGUACAAAGCCCAAUAUUAUCAUGGAAAAAGGAUCGAAAACUGCAAAAAAACAAUCGAAGAAGAAGCAAGCAUCCGAAGAGGACUUAAUAUGUCUUGGCAAAUUAGAAAGAAACUUUGUAAUUGAAGACGAUGUAUCAGAAGAUACUGAAAUAUCAUCACAUAAUAAGUCCGGAACGUUCAAGAACCAAUGUUUGAUAUGUGAUAAGCAGGGUCACACUGCAUUCGAAUGUCAAAUGAUUUGCAAAAACUGCUCUGCGCCAUAUCACAAUAUGAAAAGUUGUCCCAAACCAGUCAACCUCAGCACUAUGCUUCAAUCUUACAUGGAAUUCUGCAUUGGUCAAAUGAGUCAGUUCAAUCCCGAAAAAAAAUUCAUGAUGCCCCCCAAUAUUUGUAUUAGUGAAAACUCCUUGACGAAAAGCAAUGAGCAAAGUACUGUACAAAAUAAAAGGGUCAAAAGGCUGCGGACAAAAUCGGAGGACUCGCUAAAAAGGCCAACAAAACGCAAACACAGAUACGCUUCUAAAUCUAGUGAUGACGAAGAAGAUGAAAAGAAUGAUGCAGAGAAUAAAACAAGAACAGAAACAUCUGAAUCGGAAUCGGAAAGUGUUUCAAGUGAAGAAUUAAUAUCUACAAAAGUGAAAAAGAGGCGCACAAAAAUGUCUAGUCCGAUGAAAACCCCUAAAUUCCACAAUACAUUUGUACCACAAUUUUCAUCGUUUCCCGCUUUUGGUGCAGCUGCUGCUACUUACAAUCCACUACUCUUAGGUCAACUUAUGAACAGCGGUGGUUUUGGUGCCGCCGACAAACUGAUUUUUCAAUAAAUUAUAAAUUAAGUUCUAACAAUAUUCUCCCUUUGUAAUAUACAAACAUACAUAUUUGACGAACAGAACUUUGUAAUGUAUGUUCAUACAUUUUUUUAGAGGAAUUUUUUAAAUGCCAACUUUAUAGGUUUAUGAAAUAAAUCCUUCUAAAUUUGAGUAUAAAAACUUUUCAA